AUGAGCCACGAACUCACACUCAUCGUCGCGGCGACGCGCAACAUGGGCAUCGGCGCCAAGGGUGGCCUGCCGUGGACGGGAUUGAAGAAGGAGAUGGCAUACUUUGCGCGCGUGACGAAAAGGCUUCCACCCCAGGCACCCUCGGACGCCCGCAACGCCGUCAUCAUGGGCCGCAAGACGUGGGAAAGCAUCCCGCCCCGGUUCAGACCCCUCAAGGGCCGUCUCAACAUCGUCAUCAGCCGCUCGCACGCUUCCCCUUCCUCCCUGGACGCGCCGGCCGCGGCCACGGACUUUGAUAAGGACGCCGUCAAGGUCGGCUCCCUGGAGCAGGCACUCGCGUUCCUCCGCUCCGACGCCGGCGACGACAAGCUGGGCAGGGUCUUUGUCAUUGGCGGUGCGCAAAUCUACGCCGCGGCGCUCGAGGUCCCCGAGGCGAAGAGGGUUCUGCUGACGAGGGUGCUGGGCGAGUUUGAGUGCGAUGCCUUUUUCCCGCUGAAGCUUGGCGGCGGCGAGGGCGGCGAGGGGAGCAGGCAAUGGGGCCGGAUCGAGAAGAAGGGGCUAGACGAGUGGGUUGGGGAGGAAGUCGAGGGGGGUGAGAUUGAGGAGAACGGGACGAGGUAUGAGUUCCAGAUGUGGGAGAAGAUUUGA